CCAAGCUCCUGGCUGAAACAUCAACGCCAUGGAGUCGGUGAUGCGGCCGAGAGUGUCAAAGCGAGACCGGAAGCUCCAUGUCAGCUACGAACUACCACAUCGCAUCCAUUGCGCUCGCAUCUACCCGGUCACCGCACCGAAUGGCUCGACAGUCGUGAUAUAUGGAUACGACAAAGGCGUAAGGGUGCUUUGGAGAGGUGGACGGCGGCGGAAAGAACACGACAGUCGUACACAAUCUUCAGCGACACCAAACGGCAACGGCCAUUCCCACGAGAUCAUCUCACUUGACAACGACGACGACGAUGCGGCCGAUGCAGCAGAAGACGAAUACGAGGCUGAAGAGGAGGAGCAAGAUGCGGACUGCCCAUAUCCGACCAUCAUUGAAGAUCUGGACAUUGAAGUCGGAACGAAUGUCUUGCAUGUGGAGGUACCGGCUGUGCACGUUUCCUCGUUGACACCGAGCAUCCUCAGGAAGACGGCAAUUGUGGUCAUAGGCUCAUCAGAUGGAACAAUACGGAUACUGCAGAUACCACUCGCACCGCCGUCAGAGGGGACUAAAGACAGCAUUGCACGAAAGAUAGGGAGGUCACAGAUUGAGCUGUCCGCUGGGGGCUCAGUACCUGCAAGUCUGGCCAUCAAAUACCUGCCCGCCGAUGACUCUCGAUCGGACACUUUCGCUGCUCCAAAGCAUGCUCCUGAAGACCAAAUCCUCGUGGCCAGCGUGUCGCGUGCACUCAGCAUCUGGUCUGUUGCGAUUGGCAAGAACGGCUUGGCUGCUCACGAUGACAUGCUUCUUCGAAGAGCGCAGAUGCACUUCCCUGCAAACGGCGUGACAUUCCACCCUUCAUCCCGCCUUGCGCAAGUUCUGGUAACAGACACAUCCGGCACAGCUCGAAUUUACGACCCUCAUACUUCGCGAUCGGCCCGCCGCCGACCUGCGACUGGUGACUCCGUGGCCGAGCCUUCGAAUGCUCCAAUACCGACAGGCGACUGGAUCAUGACCUACCACACCGCAUUUCAUAGCACGAUCGAACCUUCAGAAGUCGAAUCAGUCUCCCCUCGGCGGAAGAAGAUUCUCGACGCACGCUGGGUGAUUUCCGGCAAGGCAAUACUCACCGUUCUUGAAGACGGCGAGUGGGGUAUCUGGGAUGUGACAACAGCGCCACCAGGCAAGCGAGUCGAAGAGUUCACCGUGCGAGGAUUUCUCGGCACUUCGAGCACACUUGAGCAGUCAGAGCCGGCCAAGCCGAAACGAGGAGCCUCCAAACUUGCUCCAAUGACACCCAAUACGAGGAAGACAAAGUCAGAGGAACUCUUUGCUGGCACCCCCAAGAUGGUAGGCGUCGCGCCCCCAGGUGGCAUCUCCGUCGCACCCAACUACUCCCGUACCGGCCAAUCCGAUGAAAGCGUGGUGAUAUGGUACAACAGCGAGAUUUACUCCAUCACGAGCAUGCAAUCGUUCUGGCAGCGCAGCACGACCGGCGCCAGCGGUGGUUUUGGCUCUCUGUAUGCUCCCGGUCUUUCGCACAUUACAGACAUCAACCUCAACAACGAGCUCAUCACCUCCGUCUCCCACUUUAGCGCCAACACGAGCGCAGGGCUGGGUCAGAUGAACACACAGCGGGACAUUCUUGUGUCUGCAGAACAUCGCAUUAUUGCUCUGCAGACGAUACGGCCUGCAUCAAGUGUGGGGCGCACACUCUUCCAACAACCUGCCGAAGUCGCAACGGCGAAGGAUCAACAAAUGCUGGAUGCUGGCGCGAUGGACUUAGAUGCCAUGGACCGUAUGCUGGACGACAUGGCAGGCGGCGCAGCGACAACGACGCGGAAAGUUGGCUUUGCUUCCUGA